GAGCACUUUGUCAUUCGAGUUUUUAAUUAUCGGGCCACUUCAAAAACUUUUGGUCGAAAGGUCACAGGCACCUGCGCAGUGAACUCUGACGUCAUCGCCUGUAAGAAGGCUCCGUAGCGCUUGGUUGGUCAGGUUAUUGACUCUCGCCCUCCCUCUCCCACUUGAAGUUACAGCUUAGACCCAUCAUAAUUAUGUGGAUUCGGCUUCUUCCGCAAACGCAGAAUCUUAAGCCGUCCAUUGCCCGCGAACCCAUAAAUAAAGCCGAUCUUGGCUCAUUUUUAACGAUCUGCAUAUUUUGGCAACAUAAUUAACGGUGAAAAGAAUGUGAAAAGUAGCGAGUCGUAACGCGAAAGCCAGAAACAAAACGAAUAAAAACGAAAAAAGAAAGAUACACGCGACUGCAAAGAAAGGCGGAAGAAAGAAGCAGAAGGUUUCUACGCGCCUCGAGCGAAUCUCCAUCUCUCAGUUCGAAAUCUCGCGUCCAUCCCGUCGGUGCCUCGAGCAAAUCUUCUGGCCAGAAGAAGCCCCAGUGAAACCGCCGAUAAUGCAAAAAGGGAAGUGCCAAAAAAAGCGAGUUAAGUGAGAGCAAAUCUAAAAGAAAGCAUCAUCAUAUCGGAUUGUGCCGCUGGGGACUCUAAUUAAUCGGUCCCAAUGAUCGCGAUUAGCGAUAAUACGCUCGGGAAGCGAUUAAUGCGCUUGCAGGUAGCAUUUCUCCUCAUCGGUCUUUGGGAUUCUGCGAGUGCUCUGACCGUCGACAACCAGUUGGUAUCCGCACGAAAUGACUGCUUCGAGCGGAUUGCACUGGAGGCGAUGCUGCCAUUUGAGAAGACCUUCCGCACCGAAGACACCAACUCGCUGAAGAUGUGCAAGGAGAAGUGCCUGCAGGCGGGCGAGAAGUGUCAGGCCAUCUCGUUCGGUGUUCAUCGACGCGGAAACGGCACUUGUCAGUUGUCAUCGGAGCAAUACGGUUCCGGGGGCGGCGGGCGUCCGGGGGGCGUGAUUUUCGAUCCCGACUUUGAUCUGUACACGCGCAAAACUAACUGCUUCGACUUGAGCGACAACUCGAUUGCCCCCGGUCCACUGCCUGUGCCAGGUCCCAGUGCCAUAUCGACCGGGCCGACGCCACUGGAUCUGCCGAACAGGCCUUUGGAUGUGGGCAAUACGCCCGUGCUGGUGGUGAACCCAACGCCCCACACUUCUGGGGGUCCACCACCUCCGCUGGGACCCUCCCUGCCCCCGCCUCCGGGUGUGGGCGACCGCCUGUACUUCUCGCACGAUCUGUAUCCCCUCUACAAGUACCCCACGCUCUACGAGAACAACCACCCCUCUCCCAACGAGGAGGCCUACAUUCCCGGGGGCUAUGCGGCCAAUGCCCCCGAGGUGGAUGAGCGCUAUCGACCGCACUAUGGACCCAUAGAGCCGGCGGAAGAUGAAGGCCUCAGGCCCACGCCCCACAGCCCGCCGAGACCCAUCUUUGGAUUGGGCUACGGAAACGGUUACAGCUACGGGUCCCCGGAGAGAUACACCCCGCCAACGGUGAGGCCAUCGAGUGGUUCUUCGGAGGACCGACCCAGUUAUGCGUCCAGGCCACCUCGUCCCACUGCCGACCGUCCGGAAUAUCCGCCCGGUCCACCACGUCCCACGGAUGAUCGCCCGGAGUAUCCUCCUCGUCCACCACGCCCCACAGAUGAUCGCCCGGAGUACCUUCCUCGUCCCUACGACAGCUCCACACCGCCCUCCUAUGGACCACGCCCAAGUCCCAGCUAUGAUCCCCAUCGCGAGCCUCGGCCGGACUACACCAAUCGACCAGAUCCACCAGCAAUGUCGCCACACGAUGGAUACGGAAUGAACGGACCUUCGGCACGUCCUCCGCCUCCAUAUGAGGGUCCUCCUCCACCACGAGAUGAGUACAUCCGGAGGAACGGCAGUGCCAUGAGACCAGGAGACGGAUACGGGAGCUACGACGACGACAAGACCAUUGCCACGUACUUUAAUCCCGAUGACUUCAUGCAAGGAAAUAACAAACGACCCAUGCCAGGUGAUAGAGAUCGGGAUAGGGACCGCGACCAUAUGGGAUAUCCUAUGGAUGAACUUAAGGCCUGCUUCCGGCGAGUCCUGGCCGGAAAGAGAAUAGCCCCCCACUUCGUGCGCCGCUCCAUAUCCUGCGAGCGCGUGGAGGAGUGCAUGCGAGAGUGCGGACGAGAGAGACGAUUCAUGUGCGAGGGCUUCAACUACCGGCUGGACCCCUCGGGUCACGGCCAGGGCGACUGCGAGCUGGUUGAGAUGCCGCUGGCCCAGAUGGACCUGUACUCCAGCCCGGAUAGGAGGGACGCCAAUCUGCUGAGGCAUCCCGACUACGACUACUACGAGAGGGACCGCAAUGCACCGAGCAGCUGUCGUCGCAGUGCUUGCCAGGAUUGCUCCAAGGGUCCUGUGAGCAGCCAGCCCGUCUACUUCAAGCCCAGUGGCGGCGGAGGAGGAUUUGGAGAUAGGGAUCGGGACAGGGACAGGGAUCACUAUCGCCCGCCGAGCAGCACGGCCGUGGAUCACUAUCGCGGUCCAUCGGGUCCCCCGGGCAGUUCCUACGAGCACCGACCGCCCUUCUCUUCGGAGUUCCAUGGCUCGCACAGCUCGCAUAGCUCGUCCUCCUCCGCAUCCUCGUAUGAGUUCUCCUCGCAUGGAUCGGGUUCUAGUUCGGGCUCCAGUUCCGGAUACUUCGGCCACACCCCGCCCAGCAGUUAUGGCGGGGAUCAUCCCUACGUGGAUCGUCACGAUCCCCCAAAUUAUCGCCCCGGCAGACCAGAUCGCUGGGAAACUCUGCCGAGUAGCUCCGGCUACGACAGCUCCGCGUACAGACCGCCACGUCCGGAAACGGACCGCAUCGACAAGUACCGUCCACCCUAUCGACCUGGCUCAGACUUCUCUCCCUACCGACCGCCCAGCCGACCGUCUCACAACUACCUCGAUCGAGAUGGCGCAGGACCUCCAGGUCCUCCAAGCUCCUACAAGAAGCCCAAUAAAUUCGUGCCCUAUCUGAUUGGUGGCGAGGACAACUGGGGACACUACGGAGGCAGCUACGGCGGAAACAGCAAGCACUCCUCCUCAUCAUCCUCUUCGUACUGGGGUCUUACUGAGUCGCAGCGGCGCAAGGAUCAGCAGGACUUCAACUACUUCCAGCUGGGGGCUCCGCACCGUGAGUCCAACUCGGUGCUUAGUUAUCCGGGAUCUGGUUACGAGGAGGAUUACCCUAGGCGGCGCAACGACUACCGUCAGCAAUGGACACGAAGACCGGGACAAGAUGAAUGCUCGGCCAAGACCAGCGAGGGAUUCCGGCUGCACAAGACGGCAGUAAAGCACGCCUACAACGUGCCCACCUUGACGGAGUGCGAGCGCCUGUGCUCGGAUCAGCGACCCAGCUUCAUCUGCCACACGUACAGCUACAGGUACAACCAGGCGGGCAGGGACAACUGCAUGCUCUGCGACCGACCCAUCAACAUGCUCGACUACUACGUGGACAUCGAGCCGGAUCGGGACUACGACAUCUACUCCAUGGCGGACGACAUGGACGUGUGCCGGCAGCCCCCGCCCCGACGACACGACACCGCCGGUCCCAAUCCCGGUCCUAGCACCGCCCUCUCGGAUCCGAGAAAUGCACAGUGCUUCUUCCGAGCAAUCGAUGCCACGCGCUUUUUCAAAUCGAUCGUGCGCGACUCGCUGACCGUGCGAUCUGUGGGCGAAUGCGAGAUGGAGUGCAUCCGCUCCACGAAGUUCACCUGCCGGGCCUUUGCCUUCCGAUACGGCCAGCAGCGACAUGCUGGGGUCAUCGACAACUGCCAGCUGAGUGAUUGGCCGGUGAGGGACAUGGACAAGGAGCGCCAUCUCAUCCUGGACGCAGCCUUCGACAUUUUCGAGCGAGCGAGCUAUGGACAUGGAUGCGAAAUUCAGCCGAUUGUGGAUGAAAAGCACAAGAAACUAUGCUACUUGGGUUAUGGAUCGCCGGCUAGAUUGCUUCCUCCGGCCAUCAAGAAGGUAAUUUCUGUGCCCUCUGAGAUGGCCUGCAAGAAGGAGUGCAUCCGCUUCCGGGAGACGACUCCUUUCAAGUGUUUCGCUUUCAGCUAUGGCUCCCAUGCCAGCUCCUUCAACUGCGAACUAUCCGAUCUGGAUCAGACCGAAUUGAAGCAGGAUGUGCACUAUGCACACACCAAGGAUCGUGACUUCUGGCUCUUCGCCUGGAAUCCCUUCGAUUGGACCUGCCGAGACAAGGUCAACACCAUUGGAGGAUCGCGGGUCAACAAUGACCGGCGCAUGGACAUCUUCCGGGAACCGGGCGACGUGGCCUGGCGCCACUACACCGUGUCCGGAAAACCCUGCCGCCGGAGCAGCCCCUGUGCGAAGAACCUGAUCACGGGCUUCUACUCCUGCGAGACGGACGCCUCCGAGGUGGGCUCCUGGGACUACUGCUGCAAGGCGGACCACCCAUGCGGCUACAGCAAGGGCUUCGAUUAUCCCUGGUGCUUUGUGGGCGACGAAUCGGACCAGUGGCGCAAGUGCAGCGAUCGGUACUUCCCCGGCAAAAACGGCACCCAGCCGACGCACUCCCACCUGGGAUUGCCCAGUGGCAAGGAGAAACAGAAGCAUCCACUCCCACAUCCUCAUCACUCGCAGCCGGCGACGGCGGCCAGCAGCGAAUACAGCCAGCAUCCACCUCGACCGGGCGGAUUGCAGAGCCUCAGUGACUUUGCCGCCGCCCGUCUGUGGCCCGUGACCUACCUGUACAGUGAGGGCCCGCCCAAUGCCACCGAGUUCAGCAACUUCGUCGACUGCAACAAGGAGUCGUGCUAGUGGUGCGCAAAUCUAGAUUAUGAAUAGCUGAUUAAGACAUACUUGUGUACAAUAGAUACCCCUCACACCCCACAUACCCCAAGAAUCCCAGGCAGAUCUACUCCAACCGCGUGGACGUUGUCGUUGUGAUCAUCAUUGAGAUUGGAUACCAUUGUCGUCAGAAUCAAGCGAAACCAAUUAACUUAUUAACUUAACUCCCCUGAAUGCAUCCAUAAUGACAGCUUGCGUGCAGGCAUUCUUUGUACCUAUAAGCUGAAUUGUAUGUAUUAUUAAUAAAAUUAGUUUUUACGAAGAAAAAAUGAA